CUUUGUCUCUUCCGGUUAAGGCCAUAUGAGCACAUUUCAUUUAUUGUGGAGCAUAUAUGUAUAUAUCUCGUUAGUAAUGUGGCCUAUUUUAUGACACAAACAUCAUAAUACUUUAUCUAACAGUUUUAAUUUCCAUAUAGCUCGCCCUGAACAGUCUGAGCAGCAUCAGCAAUGGAGGAGAUAGAGGAGACACCAGAGGAGCAUCUGGCCAAGCAGCACCGCAAGGAGAAGAAAGAUAUGCAAGCUCAAAUCCAGAGCAUGAAAAAUGCCAUCCCCAAAAAUGACAAGAAAAGGAGGAAACAGAUGACUGAAGAGAUUGCAAAAAUAGAGGCUGACCUGAACAAUAAACAUGAGGAGGAAUUAAGUCAACUCAAAUCUUCCACUGACACCAAGGUGGAAGAAGUGUUAAAUGGAGUGGAGACCAUGAAGAUGGAGGGUGGAAAAGAAGCAGAAGCAGAAGCAGCAGCAGCAGCAGCAGAAGAAGAAGAAGAAGAAGAAGAGGUCACACAGCCACGUCUAACAAAGGCCCAGAAGAGAAGGGACAAGAAGGCAGCGCAGGAGAAGGAGAGAGAGAGCAGGAUAGCAGAGGCCGAGGUGCUGAACCUGCAGGGUGUGAGGCACCAGGAGGGGCUGAAGCUGGCUCAGAAACUCGCCACCAAACAGCUUCAGAUCAAGGAGAUCUCCUCUGAUGGCCACUGCAUGUACCGUGCCAUCGAGGAUCAGCUGGCCCAGCGAACAAAGCCUGAGUUAACCAUGAGUAUGAAAGAACUGCGGUCUCGCACUGCUGAGUUCAUGAGGGGCCAUGCUGAUGACUUCCUGCCUUUCCUCACCAACUCCAACACGGGGGACAUGUACACAACAGAUGAGUUUGAGAAGUACUGCAGUGACGUGGAGCACACAGCAGCUUGGGGUGGACAACUGGAAUUGCGAGCUUUGACCCAAGUUCUUCUCUUGCCAAUGGAAGUGAUCCAGGCUGACUCCCCACCUAUAAAAAUUGGGGAGGAAUUUGAUAGUGAACCCGUCACCCUAAUAUAUAUGCGUCACGCCUAUGGACUAGGAGAGCACUACAACUCUGUGGAGCAGCUAAAGGAUCCCGCUAAUGCAGAGGACAGCUGAGAGACAACCCAGUCUUGGUGUGACUUAAACCAAUGUGUGUGAUUCAGAGUGUGUUCAAACCACUCACACCAAGGGACCCUAAAUACAAUCGUAUUUUGAAGGAGACCCCCCCCCCCCCUCAUUUAAGACAUUGUUAAGCUGAGGUUAACGGAGAAGCUGGUUGUUUCCAACACACAGUGGUAGGUCUUAGAAGUCAAAAGAUAUCAGCGGGGAGUGAUAUAUAUUUCUCUAGACAGUAUCACUGUGCGUAAGAAAAAAAGCAUAAAAGGGAAAUUCAUGUGAAUUAACAAUGUUUUGGGAAGCAAAGUUGUACCAAAAUAGUUAGGAGAGGAUGUAAGAUCUAUUAUUCAUUUGACUCCAAAUGUUAACAGUCAGUGAGGGGUUGAUAAACUGAACUGAAUUGUGGAACUUGUGAAUCAUAUCAAUGUUACAUAAACUCAUAAAAUACUAA